CACAGGUUAGCAUUAUAUAUUAUCAUCUCCUCGAAUAUGGCAUCUACUGUAACAAAGGUGGCUAACGUCGCUAAGGAUAUUUCCCCAAUAUACUACAGAAUUUUAUCAAAAUUUCCCCAAAACUUUACCUUCUGUUUCGCAUAUGGCUCGGCUGUGAAACCGCAAAUCGGUAAUCAGAAGAAACAGAACAUGAUCGAUCUCAUAUAUUGCGUGGACAACUCUCAUCGUUGGCAUGGUUCUAAUAUCGAAAUGAAUCCAACACACUACUCCGCCCUCCGCUACCUCGGCAAAGGAUUUGUUGCAAGAUUCCAGGAGAAAUGGGGCGCUAAGGUAUACUUUAAUACGUUGGUGGACAUCAAAGAAGAGAAUGUCACAAUAAAGUAUGGUGUGGUCUCACAGAAAGAUUUGAUUUCUGAUCUUCUAGACUGGGAAAAUUUGUAUCUCGCGGGCCGUUUACAUAAACCAGUCGAGAUCAUUAAGCAGACUAACAGUUCCCAUCUCCAGAAUGCUCUUCAAUGCAAUUUAAGGUCUGCUGUACACACUGCUCUGCUGAUAUUACCAGAAACCUUUUCUGAAUAUGAUUUCUACUUUGCCAUAUCGAACCUAAGCUACGCGGGUGACUUUAGAAUGACUUUUGGUGAGAAUAAGAACAAAGUUAGAAACAUUGUUCAACCGCAACUCUUAAACUUCAGAGAACUUUAUAAGCCCAUCUUGCAACAAUUCCAUGCCUACGUAGAUUUUCCUACCGGUGAAUCACAGUGUCACCAGGAUUUACAUCCGGAGACUAAGCUUCACCAUUUGAUGCAGCUACCAAUGGUACCACAACAGAGGCUAGUAAAGUUUUGGAAUCAUGGUGGUAUACAGCAGGACAUGGAGGAUGUCCUGAGAGCAGUUGCUUACGACAUAGACUGUGCUGUGAUAUUAAGACAAAUUCUUAAAGAUUUAGUAUGGCAAUCUAGUGUAAGACAAUCUUUAAAGGGAAUUGCCACUGCUGGACUUUUAAAAUCAGUAAGAUACAGUGCUAAAAAGAUAGCAAAAAUGUUUUAAAAGUUAUUUGUGGCU